AUGCCUCUCGACAACUCAAAGAGCGAGCGCGGUGCUCAUGUCGAGAAUCCCAAUGAGACUGAUGACUUGCUUCCACACCAAGAUCAAGACGCUGCAGAAGCUGAUGUCGCAGAUCGAACACAAGACGACGACGACAGUUCUGCCAGCGAUGACAAUUCCCCAACGCUGGACUACGAUGCGGCCAAAGAGAACGAGCUCCAACUCAUAGAGCAAGCCCGCAUCGAGAAAGAAACGCAGGACAUCGAAGCCAGUUGGCGCCGACGCCUCCGGACGUCAACUUCGACCCCAUCUGAUGCGCCAUCCCUCGUCAUCGGCGCGCCCCUAGGCAAGAAUCUCACGGCGAUCGAAGCGGCAUCACGUCUGGUCACUCAAUGGGAAGCAAUCUACAACCAAACCCUCUCGUCAACCCCUGCCGGCGCGCCCUUCGUCCUCGAAUCCCUAACUCAAGCCCGCACCCAACUCGCCGCACUCCAGUCCUCCGUCACUGAGGACGUGGAAACGCCCCUCAAAUCCCUCCAAGACCACAAACAGACCACCAUCGCAUCUCGCAUCCAGACCCUCGAAGCCGCCCUGGAAGAAUCUACCUUUCCCCCCGAACAUGCAAACAUAUCCGCGGCAAUCUCCCUCUACCGCACCUCCCGCAUCCCCUACUCUUCCAACUGGGCCAUCAUCUACGCAGGCCACCUCGUCGACUUCGCCCCGACGUACACCUCCUUCACCGCCGACCGCGCCGACCGCCUCGACCGCUACGCGCGCAUGCACGGCGAGGGCUGGCUCUGGUUCGAGCCGCCCCUCACCCGCGCCGCGGCACCCCUCUUCUCCGCCAGCCGCGGCACCUGGGUUCCCGAGACGGACACGACAUACGACAUGGGCCACUACAGCGUGACAAUGUCCUUCCGCCGCAUGCGCAACCUCGUCUACCACCCCGGCCCUCCCUCCCGCAAGCGGCGGCGCGGCCAGUCUCAAGACGUGAGAUGGCCCGUCCCCACGUCCCCCGUCGAGAAAGAGGAAAGCCCCCUCGACCCAGCCAACCCUCUCCCCCAGCGCAAGCCCAACCCGAACCCACUCCCUCCAUCAACCCUCCGCCGGUGCCGGCCCUCGCGGCACCCGCACAUGACGCCCGACCCCACAGAGGCGACGCUGCACUUCCGCAUGCUCCUCGACACCGGCGCCACCUUGCCGAUGCUCUACAGCCGCGACGCCGCCGCCCUCGGCAUCGAGCGCAAAUCCUACGCCGCCGUCUCCUGCAUCAGCGUCGAGACCGCCGGCCCGGACCUCCUCCGCACCUGGCUCUACGAGAUGCAGGUCUCCGUCGCGGACACACUAACCUGCGAGCCGCUCGUCUCCGCCACAUCCCCCGUCUGGCCUGCCGAGGAGAAAGCGCUCGGCGGCAUCGUGCCCGUCAUGGUGAAGCCCGCGAGCACGAGCAACACCAAGUUCUCCGCGCCACGGGGCCCGCAGGAUGCGUGCGCGGUGACCAUGGACGGGGAGACGACGUGGCUGCAGAGCGCGACGGCCAUCAUCGACGAGGCCGAGGGCAGGGACUACGGCCGGCUGUCGGGCUUGUUGCCGGUGAAGUGCUGCUACGUGCAGGCGACGCCGAGCCUCAGGGCGCUGUGGCUGGGCGAGGACCGGCGCGACGUUCUGGGCGCGCACCGCAUGCCGGGCCAGAUGCGCUGGGCGCCGGGGUCGAACCGGGUGUGCGAUCCGGGGCAGCCGAGGGGGUUGUGGGAGGGUGUUUUUGGGCAGGAGGACGGCGGAAGGCCUGCGUUAUUGAGGAUGGCGCAUGAGGGUGACGAGGGGAUGUUGCGCAUGGUUGAUGUGGAGGAGAAGGGGUGGAAGGGGAAGAGCGAGGUCAUGGUCGUGGACGCGGACGGGGUUCGGACGAAGCAUGUUAUUGAGCCCAGGGGGUUGACGAGUCAGCGGGUGAAGCGGGUGAAGCUGUCUGACGAGGUGGAAGAGACAUUAUAG